CGCACCAGAGCGCGGUACCUGGUUAAAGGAGCCCGGGACGCUGUCGACCACGGAUAAAGUCAGCGGUGGGAUACGAAGAGAGGAAGAGUACAGUCGCCGUUAGCCGGAAGAGAGAGAGAGAAAAAAACAUUUAAAAGUGAGUUAUAAGAACGACCGAGAGGAUUUAAGAAGUGGACACGAGCCGUGAGUUGGACCGUGGCACAUGUAAGAUGACAACGAUAAAGGGGGAUUAAACUGGAGAGAUGUUAAGAAAAUUAUGAGAAGAAUAACUACACAGCAGGGAAUUAUUUCGGAGCACACAGGAAUGGCUUGAUUUUGUCACCCGCGGCAGAGCGUCGGGACAACACUGUCAGAGGCACUCAUGUUUGUGUGGCAGAGAAAGAAAGUUUGCUGCGCUUCGCUCGGAUACCAGUCUACUUUUUAAACAGACGGAGACAGAGAGAGUCGUCGCCGCUGUGACUGUGUUUCCCCAUACCGGUGGCAGAGCCCGCCCGGUUUGGUGUCGGCUCCUAAACUGUUCACAAUGUCCAAACCCGCGCUAAAGAAAAACCACUGGUCCUCCAGGGUGAACGAGGUCUCCGUGUCCAAAGAUGCCCGCGGCGAGCUGAAUGUGCCGCUGCGAGGCGGCGCGGAGAACGGAGAGUUCGCCUACAUUGGACCAGUUAAACAGGACGUGGUGUUUUACAAAAGUGGGAAAUUAAGUGAAGGGGAGCUGCUGCUCGAAGUGGAGAACCUCUCGAUUUCGGGAUUACCCUUGUACGACAUAUACACAGUGAUAAAGAACUGCAAAGGUCCCGUCAGGUUGAAAACUGUCAGGCAAGGAAGCAAGCUGACCAAGGACCUGAAGCAGUACCUGAGCCAGCGCUUCCAGAAGUCCUCGCCUGACCACGAACUGCAGCAGACCAUCAGAGACAACCUCUAUCGUCACGCCGUGCCUUGUACUACCCGCGCCCCACGUGAAGGAGAAGUUCCUGGCGUGGACUACGACUUUCUCUCAGUAGAGCAAUUCCUGGAGUUGGAGAAAAGCGGGACCCUCUUGGAGAUAGGAACAUAUGACGGUAACUAUUAUGGGACACCCAAGCCACCAGUGCAGCCCCCCAGUGGGAAAGUGAUUAGCAGUAGUGGUAGCAGCGGUGAUGCCCCACUGCCAGACGGGCUCAGCAGUAGCCUGCCGGGCUCGCAGCACUCCACUCCCCGACGCACCAAGUCCUACAAUGACAUGUACAAUGCUGGAUUAGUGCCUGGAGAGCAGCAGCAGGAGGACGACGAGGACCUCCCUGACAUGAACAGCAGCUUUACAGGAGACUCCAGUGAAUUAGAAGAGAUUCAUCACUCGGUGCGCCCUUUCGCCCCCCGCCAGAGCGACCUGUCCUACGCUGGGACAACCCCCUCACCACCGGCCACCACGGAGAGCACACAGCAGACACACACUCAUCUGAGCCAUCCUCCCCCAGAGGACCCGCUGGGACCUCUGCCUGACAACUGGGAGAUGGCCUACACCGAGAACGGAGAGGUCUAUUUUAUAGACCACAAUACAAGGACGACCUCCUGGAUAGACCCUCGGUGCCUGGACAAACCUCAGAAACCCCUGGAAGAAUGUGAAGAUGAUGAAGGGGUACACACAGAGGAGCUGGAUAAUGACCUAGAACUUCCUCCAGGAUGGGAGAAGAUAGAUGAUCCAGUGUAUGGAGUCUACUAUGUUGAUCAUAUCAACAGGAAGACCCAGUAUGAAAAUCCGGUGCUAGAGGCUAAGAAGCGCAGGCAGCUGGAACAGCAGCAGCCUCAGCAGCCUCAGCCCCAAAGCCAGCAGCCACCUGAAGGUGAGCGCUACAUCCGAGAAUGGAUCGAAGACUCAACGAUGGCAGGGGCUCCGUUGGCUAGCUAUGCUGCCAACCACCAGGAGACCUACAGGGACCCUCAGACAGGGCCCACAGUGCCCAAUGCGAUGGGACAAAAACGAGGGAAGCCUUUCUUUACCAGGAACCGAUCUGAGCUGAAGGGGACUUUCAUCAAUACCAAACUGAAGAAGAGUCGUAGGGGGUUUGGUUUUACUGUAGUAGGAGGUGAUGAGCCAGAUGAGUUCCUGCAAAUAAAGAGCCUAGUCCUAGAUGGACCUGCUGCCCUUGAUGGCAAGAUGGAGACAGGUGAUGUGAUUGUGAGUGUUAACGACACCUGUGUGCUGGGCUACACCCAUGCUCAAGUUGUGAAGAUCUUCCAAUCAAUUCCAAUUGGUUCCAUGGUCAACUUGGAGCUGUGCCGUGGCUAUCCGUUGCCUUUUGACCCUGACGACCCAAACACCAGCCUGGUUACCUCAGUGGCUAUUCUCGAUAACAAAGAGCCAAUCAUCGUCAAUGGCCAGGAGGCCUCUAACAGCUACGAUUCGCCGUCCAGCCACAGCAGUCAGAACAACAACAACGGCCCAACCAACAGUGGGGCCCCCAUCAAUGGCCUCCCGCGACCCCACAGCCCCUCCACAGAGGUGGCUUCUGAUACCUCUUCGCAGCAUGGCUACCCUAGUGAUGUCGUCACCCUGGCCUCAUCCAUCGCAACGCAGCCAGAGCUCAUCACUGUACACAUGGAGAAAGGAGACAAGGGCUUCGGCUUCACCAUUGCCGACAGCCUCGGCGGUGGAGGGCAAAGAGUGAAACAGAUCGUGGACUACCCACGCUGCCGCGGUCUCAGGGAGGGUGACAUCAUCGUGGAGGUGAACAAGAGAAACGUGCAGAGCAUGUCCCACAACCAGGUGGUUGACCUGCUCAGCAAGUGCCCCAAAGGCAGCGAGGUCACCAUGCUGGUGCAGAGAGGAGUGGCACCUGCAAAGAAGAGCCCAAAACUGCAGUUGUCAAGGAAGGACAGUCAGAACAGCUCCCAGCAUAGUGUUUCCAGCCACCGGAGCGCGCACACAGACUCGCCUGUGCACACGUCCUUGGCACCCAAUCUCAGUGAGAGCAGCGCUCCCCCUCCACCCUCGCAGCCCUUGCCAGGACUCCCAACCCAGGACUCCCCAGGCGACGGGACCAUCCAGAGAAAACCGGACCCCUUUAAGAUUUGGGCCCAGUCCAGGAGCAUGUAUGAAAGUAGGCUUCCAGACUUCCAGGAGCAGGACAUUUUCCUGUGGAGGAAGGACACAGGGUUCGGUUUCAGGAUCCUUGGAGGCAACGAGCCAGGAGAGCCUAUCUACAUCGGCCACAUAGUGAAAUAUGGGGCCGCAGAUGAAGAUGGACGCCUGCGAUCCGGUGAUGAGCUGAUAUGUGUGGAUGGCACGGCAGUGGUGGGGAAGUCGCACCAACUGGUAGUGCAGCUGAUGCAGCAGGCUGCCAAGCAGGGCCACGUCAACCUCACAGUGCGGCGCAAAACCAGUUAUGCUGUUAAAGCAGAGGGAGACAUGCCUCCAUCACCGGCGUCCUCACACCACAGCAGCACGCAGGCACCCAGCCUCACAGAGGAAGGGAAGCGCAACCCACAGGGCAGCCAGAACUCCCUCAACACGAUGAGCUCCAGCAGCGGCUCCACCUCUGGCAUCGGCAGUGGUGGAGGAGGGAACGCCACCUCCACUGCCGUCUCGUCCGCUUUGCAGCCCUAUGACGUCGAGAUUCACCGCGGUGAGAAUGAAGGGUUUGGUUUUGUCAUCGUCUCGUCGGUGUCACGGCCAGAAGCCGGCACCACCUUUGCUGGAAAUGCUUGUGUGGCCAUGCCCCACAAAAUAGGACGCAUCAUUGAGGGAAGCCCAGCAGACCGCUGUGGGAAGUUGAAAGUCGGCGACCGCAUCCUGGCUGUGAAUGGAUGCUCAAUCACCAACAAGUCCCACUCUGACAUCGUCAACCUUAUCAAGGAGGCUGGAAACACGGUUACAUUACGCAUCAUUCCUGGAGAUGAGUCAUCAAACGCAUCUUUGUUGACAAAUGCAGAGAAGAUUGCCACAACCACCACUCACACUGCUCAGCAACAGGCUGCACCUGAGGCCAGGACCAACACUAAACCAAAACAGGAGUCAUUUGAAUUUAAACCCCCACAAGGCCCCCCUCCCCAGCCACCCCCUCAGCAAGUCUCUGCUCAGGAUUCUGAGUUCUACUCCGUGGACCUGGAGCGAGACAACAAAGGCUUCGGCUUCAGCCUGCGAGGAGGCCGAGAGUACAACAUGGACCUGUACGUGCUGAGGCUAGCUGAGGAAGGAGCAGCUGUUCGCAACGGAAAGAUGAGGGUCGGCGAUGAUGAAAUCUUGGAGAUCAAUGGCGAGAGCACCAAGGGCAUGAAGCACGCGCGAGCCAUUGAGCUCAUCAAGAAUGGAGGCCGACGUGUCCAUCUGGUGCUCAAGAGGGGUGACGGCUCUGUGCCUGAAUAUGGUGGGUCAAUCUGAAACAUUCCCUUCUCGCCCAUCUUCACACCCUGA